CUCCUCUCUCUCUCUCCCCCUCCCCUCCCCUCCCCUCCCCCCUCUGCAUCCACACCUUUUAUACUCCACCGUUCCCAGAGAUGAAUGUGGAAAAGCUAAUGAAGAUGGCUGGUUCUGUUCGAACUGGUGGGAAGGGUACCAUGAGAAGAAAGAAGAAAGCUGUUCACAAGACUACCACCACAGAUGACAAAAGACUGCAAAGCACACUGAAGAGAAUAGGGGUGAAUGCUAUUCCUGCAAUUGAGGAGGUCAAUAUUUUCAAGGAGGAUGUAGUCAUACAGUUCACUAAUCCUAAAGUUCAAGCUUCUAUUGCUGCCAACACUUGGGUUGUCAGUGGCACUCCUCAGAACAAGAAACUGCAAGAUAUUCUUCCUCAAAUUAUUCAUCAAUUGGGUCCUGAUAAUUUGGAGAAUUUGAAGAAAUUGGCAGAGCAGUUCCAGAAGCAGGUGCCUGGUGCUGAUGCUAAUGCAGCACAAGAAGAUGACGACGAUGUGCCGGACCUUGUUGAUGGUGAGACCUUUGAAGCUGCUGCAGAGAAGGAUCACACUUCUUGACAGCUUAAUAUGGAUUUUUGUGCCAUUUCUUAUAUGUUCUAUGUUUUUGAGCUCUGUUUUUUCUCUACUUAAAUCACUGGAAAGUUGUUACUUUGAAAUUUUAAUCAGUAAUCAACUUGAUCCUCUACAGAUCUUAUUUGCUAUAAAUGAAUCUAAUCGUUACGAGGAA